AUGUCCAAGUCUCUGCUCGAGCCCAAGGCCCAUUACGGUGACUGGCGAGACUUCUUCUUUGAACAUGGCUACGCCAUCCUUAAGAACGCUAUUACUCCUGAGCGAGCUGAGUACUACAAGCAGAAGCAAGUCGAAUGGCUCAAGUCCUUCAACCGUGGGUUUGAUCCCGAAAACGAGGACACCUGGACCUCAGAACACCUCCCUGUCUCCUUCAAGGGGGGCAUGUACGGCUCAUACUGCGCCCCGCAUGAGCGAUUUGCAUGGGAGGCGAGACUGGAGCCUGGAGUCAUGAACCCAUUCGUUGAGAUCUGGGAGACGGAGGAGCUGCUGGUCAGCUUCGACAUGUUCAACAUCACGCUUCCUCGACAGAAGGAUUUGAAGUGGUCGCCCUGGCCCCACUGCGACCAAGAUCCCAAGCGUAAGGGUCUGCAAUGCGUUCAGGGACUUCUCAACUUCGCGCCUAAUGGCGAUAAGGACGGUGGUCUGAUUCUCAUGGACGGGUCAGCCAAGCUCUACGAUCAGUUCUUCCAAGAGACUCGGGUGAUGGCCGCCCACGAGGACGCCCCGCCCCCAGAAGAGAACUACCGUGACCUUUUCAUCUUCAAGGAGGAGGAUGUGAAGUGGUUUGAGGACCGUGGCUGCAAGCUUAUCAAGCCGAAUUUGGAGCCUGGUGAUCUCGUCUUGUGGGACUCUCGCUCGAUGCACUACGCCAAACACCCCGAAGGAACUCAGAUUCGUCAUGCCCAAUAUGUCUGCUUCACCCCGGCAAAGUUCGCCGACCCUCAGAGCUUGAAGGAGAAGGCCGACAUCUUCCGGGCCUGGGGAGGCACUACCCACUGGCCUCAUACCAACAUCCACCCUCAGGGUAAAGCGAAGAGAGAUGGUGUGAUCGAUCCUCAAGAACGUGAUGAGCCAUUGGAGAAGCCGAUCGUCACUGAUAGGGUGUUGCAAUUGGCUGCGGUCAAGGCAUACUGA